AUCACAAUUUGAAAGUACAUUUAACGACUUGAGUUUAACGCCGCGACCGGAGUUUAACACCGCGAAGGAACACCGGUUUUGACCAAAUACUGUUCAUACGGCUCAGUUAGAUGCCAUUAAGCAACAAGACAUUACCCCGGCGACCUGGGCGCGGCGGGCUCGUCAUACAAUUUGAAGGGAGAACUGACUCGGCGCUCGAACCCUGGGCCUCGCGUCCAUGAAAUCACGAAUAUGGCUGCUGUUAUUAGCAGCAGCCAUUGUCGCAUCGGGAAAACGUACUGCCGAAAGUUUGCAGCCCGGCUUUGAUGGCGCAGCUGGUCAGAGUGCUAGCGCGAGCUUAAAGCAUGAAAGCUUAAGGCGUAUGCUACAGUCGCUCAGCGACACCGGGACCGCCAAUUCCUGCGACAGCGCGUGUCAGACCUCGCAGCGACAGGCGCUCACGCAGCUGUUUCGCGCCUGGGACGGGCCUAAUUGGCUUCGGCGUAGCAACUGGCUCGCCGAGAACGAGUCGGUUUGCAGCUGGGAGGGUGUACACUGCUGUCUCGGGACCGAGUUUGCGGCGGGCAGCGGUGUGGUGGCCCUGCCUGGCGCCGACGACGAGCCAUGCCCCGCCGGGGCGACGGGCGUGGUCGCACUCAGCCUGGCUCGAAACAACAUGACCGGAGACCUUUCAGCGGUGCCAUGGGCGGCCUUCAACAGCACACUGCAGGUUUUGGACCUGUACGCAAACGCCCUGGGCGGCAGCUCUGAGGCCUGGGCGGCGGCGGGGCUGGGCGGCGGCGGCCUGGCGGCGCUGCGCUACGUGGGGCUGGGCGGCAACCGGCUGAGCGGCGGGCUGGGGCCGUUCGCGGCGCUGCCCUCGCUGCUGGCGCUGCUGCUGCACGGCAACGCCCUCAGCGGCCCCCUGCCCGAGGAGCUGGUGCGGCACCCGGAGCUGAGGUAUUUGGACAUUGACAACAACCGGCUGAGCGGCACACUGCCGGCCGCCGUGUUCCUGGCCCAGACCAGAAGCAGCAGCAGCAACAACGGCAGCAGCAGCGGCAACGGCAGUAGCAGCAGUGGUGGCAGUAGCAGCAGGGGCGGCAGUAGCAGGGGCGUGCACACGCUGCUGCUGAGCGGCAAUCUGCUCAACGGCACGCUGCCGGAGCUGCCGCCGGGAGCCGUGCUCACAGGCGAGCUGUCCUACCUCGACCUUGCCAACAACUCCCUGAGCGGCCCGCUGCCGCGCUACCUGCCGCGCCUGGCGCUGUCCUACCUGGACGCCUCCCACAACGCCCUGUCUGGCCCCGUGGCACCGCUGCUGCGCGGCGCCUGGUCGCUCACGGUGCUCAAGCUGGACGGCAAUGUGUUGAGCGGCACGCUGCCCGACAUGGUGGCGGCAAAGCACCUGCAGUCGCUGGACCUGUCCGCCAACCGGCUCGUCGGCACAGUGCCCGAGGUGCUGGGCUCACUGCCCUACCUGUCCCGCCUCGACCUGGCAGACAACAGCGGACUGGAGGGGCGCCUGCCGCCCGGGCUAGGGAGCAGCAACGACCUGGAGACGUUCGAUGUCACGGGCACGGCCAUGCAGUCGGACGUGUCGGGUCCGGCGGGGCUGCCCGCGGCCGUGCAGCUGUCCAACAGCACGCUGGACGCGAGUGACAGCCCCGCCCAGCCCGCCUGCCCGCUGGCGCUGCUGCGCGGCCGCACCCCCGUGGGCCUGUCGCCCUACUACUGGCAGUACGUCGGCUGCCUGUGCGGCCCCGGCUACAUCGCAAACUACACACGCGGCAGUAGCAGCAACAACAGCAGCAACAACAACAGCAGUAGCAGCAGCAGUAGCGCGGGCCCGAUCGUGGGCAUGGUGUGCGUGCCGGCGCCGCCGGGCCACGGUGCGGCGGGGCCGGCGGUGCCGUGGUGGGGCAUUCUGCUGCUGGUGGCGGGCGGGUUGGUGGCGGGUGUGUUGGGGUUGCUGCUGCUGCGGCGGCUGGUGCCCAGCGUGGUGCGGUACCGGACCAUGCUUGCGAAGAAGAUGCCGCCGGGCUUCAGCCAGCGCAACCGCGGCGCAGUGGUCACAUUGGUUCUCACGGAUGUCGAGGGCAGCACAGAACUUUGGGAGUGGGACACGGACCUGAUGGCCGCCGCCAUCGACCUGCACGACCACACCCUGCGCAGCCAGAUGUCCAAGUGGUACGGAUACGAGGUCCAGACGGAGGGCGACGCCUUCCUCAUGGCCUUCCACGAGCCCGGCGACGCCGUGGGCUGGUGCGUCACCACACAGCUGGCGCUGCUCAACGCGGACUGGGACCGGGAGCUGUUCCGGCACCACAAGGCAUGCAUCGAGACACUGGAGUCCCUCACGCCCGCCUCGCAAAUCCACUCGGCAGCCAUGCCGAAAAUGGCGGCCGCAGCCGGCGCCGGCGGCGGCGCCGGCGGCGCAGGCGGCGGCGGCCGCGGCGGCGCCGGCGGCGUGCCUGGCGGCGUGGUGUUGGAAGGCCACUCGGGGUACAGCAGUGUGUUGAUCACGCCGCCGCGGCUGUCGGUGAACGGCGAAGAGGCGAUGUCAGGCGGCGGCGGCGGCGGCGGCGGCACCAGGGGCGGUGGCCCGGGCUCGGCGCUGCCUGGCGGCGGCGGCGGUGGUGGUGACGUGGUGCAGGCGGCGGCGGCGGGCGCGGGCGCGGCGGCGGGCGCGGCGGAAGGCGGCGGCGCGGAGGCCCACGGCGGCGGCGGCGGCGGCUCGGCGGAGCACAGCCGGCAGCUCAAGUUUGCGAGCGACGUCAAACACCACGACGGGACGCUGCCCUCCGCCGCCGCCGAGUUCGCGGACUGGACUCGCUACACACGGCUCAACGUGCUGUUCCGAGGGCUGAGGGUGCGGAUGGGAGUGGCCACGGGUGUGACGGACGCCAUCACCAGCCACGCCAUCACGCAGCGCAUGGAGUACGGCGGCGAGGUGUACCGCCGAGUGCAGGCCGUGGCAGACCUGCCGCACGGCGGACAGCUGCUGCUGGACGCGAGCACCUUCAACGCCAUACACAACACACUCAACGACCUGGGCAUUCGGACCGUGCAGGUGCUCACAAAGGACCCCCGGCACGGCCGGCCCGGCCGCGCCAGCGGCGGCAGCCACGGCGGCGGCGGCGGCCACGGCCUCAGCCUGGGCCUCGGCGGCGGCGGCGGCGGCAUCGGCAUCGGCAGCACAGACGUCCGCCGCCAGCCGCGCAACCGCCAAUUCGUUGACCUGGCCCGCCUUCCUGAAGCCGCCCUGGACCCACGCGUCGCCUCCAUGCUCGCUGGCGACGACGCCGCCACGGCCGCCGCCGGGCUUGGCGGCGGCGGCGGCGGCAGUGACGGCGGCGGCGGCGGCGGCGGCCGCGCUCAGCUGAGCCCGACGCCGUCAUCGACGGCGGCGGCGGGCCGCUCGCCAAAGUGGCGGGCACGGCCGCUGCCCAUGCAUGCCCUGUGGACGGCUGUGGGCGGGGGGUUGCAGCGCAUGAGCACGUUUGGCGUGCGCGGCGGCGCUGGCGGCGGCGGCGGUGCCGGCGGGUCGUCGUCUGUGGGGCCGCUGCGGCUGGGCACUGCGGGCUCCGAGUCCACCCGCGUGCCCUGGUGGCGCAGCAACACCGCCGCCGCCGCCGGCGUCAGCGGCGUCGGCGGGCCCGGCAGCGCCGCCGGCGGCCGCGGCGAAUCGCCAGUCCCCACAGCCGACGGCGCAGCCGGCGGCGGGCGCGGCGGCGGUGGCGAUUCCGCCGCUGCCCCCCUGUCGUCAAAGAGCGUGCCCCCGCUGCCCACUGCGUCCCUCACGGGCGGCACCGCUGGCGGCGGCGGCAGUAGCAUGCAGCCCGGCAAUGCGCUGCUACUGCUGCCGGCGGCGCAGCUGGCGGCGCGGCAGGCGCCAAAUGAAGGCGGCGGCGGCGGCGCCGUCAUUGCUGAGCAUGACGUGUCAAGCGACGUAGCGUCAGCGGCGGCGGGGUCGGUGGUUGUGUCAACGCCGCCGCCCCCAGUGCACACGGGCCGUGAAAGGACCAGCGGCGGUGGCGGGGCUGCUGCUGCUACUGCUGCUACUGCUGCUGCUACUGCUGCUGCUGCUGCUACUGCUACUGCUGCUGGCGGCGACUGCUCGGGCUCGGAGCACGACACUGCGCAGCCGGGCACACCGCGGGAGGCCCGCGUGGGGCACCUUCGCGAGGUCCCCGGCGGCCCGGUGUCUCAGGCGCCGCCCGCCACACGUGCCACCGCCGCGCUCAACGCAAUGGCGCGAGAGGCCAUCGCGCGGCGCGGCAGCAGCGCACCCGCCAUUGGCGUUGUGAACAUGGGCGUGUUUGAGUUGAAUGCGGGCGGCAGUGUGGAGUACGUCAACAUCACACAGGUUCUGGUUCCGGGCCUGGAGGAGCGCGCCCGCCUGGGCAAGCAGCUGGACGGCCGCCACCAGCUCACACCCGGCUACUUCAACGCGCCCGCCGCGCCCGUGGCGCCGCUGGGCGCGGCACGGCCCGGCAGCCGCCAGCGCGUGAGCUUCCCGCUGGUGACGCUGGUGUUCUGUAGCAUGGAGCGGUACUCGGACAUGGUGGCUGUGAACCGCGACCUGUCCGCCGACGUGCUGGCCGCCUACAACGACUGCGUGCGCCGCAGCCUGUUGGCCUGCAACGGCUACGAGUGCCAGGAGCAGGAGGGCAACUACAUGAUUGCGUUCGCCAAGCCCUCGGAGGCGCUGGAGUGGUGCCUCAUGUCACAAGAGUUGAUGAUGGAGGUGGCCUGGACUGCGCCCAUGCUGGCGCUGCCGCACAUGGGCGAGGAGCUACACCCGCUGACGGGCGGCGUGCUGUACCGGGGCCCCCGGGUCAAGGCGGGGCUGUACCAGGGCGUGCCCAGCCGCGUGUCGCCGCACUCCACCACCGGCCGAGCCGACUACUUCGGCCCGCUGGUGAACCGCGCGGCGCGCUACUGCCACGCGGCGGCACAGGGCGGUCAGGUGAUCGCCUCCCGCGGCCUGGUGGAGGACAUCCUGAGGGAGCUGCUGCGGGCCGGAGGAGGCGGAGGCGGCGGAGGUGGAGGCGGCGGCGGAGGCAGCGGCGGCGGCCUGAUCUGCCCCGACCGCCUGCCGCAGGAGGAACUGCCCGUGGUGCAGGUGGCCAAGCUGGACAACUCCGGAGUGGUGCCGCCGCGCUGGUGCAUGCCGCAGGACGCCGCCGCCUCCGCAGCCGGCGGCGGCGGCACGGGGCCAGGCGCCGCCGCCACCACCCACGGCGGCGCCGCCGGCGGCGGCGCCUACGGCCGCGUGUCGCAGGCCGGGCAUGCAGCAGCAGCAGCAGCGGGCGGUGGCGGUGGCGGUGUGGGUGGUGGCGGCACGCGCCGAGGGUUGCCAGGUGGCGGCGGCGGCGGCUAUGGCCGGGUGUCGGUGCUGGCGUUUGGGGACACGCACGACGGCCACGACUCCAUCGCGGGCUCGGUGGUGGUGGUGCCUGAGCGGCCGCCCAGCACCAUGCAAAACCCCAACUACCUCGGCAUCGGCGCAUACGACGGCGCCGGCGCUCUGGCGGGGGGCAGCAGCGGCGGUUAUAACCCGUACGACGCCGUGCCCAGCGGCGGCGGCGGCGGCGGCGGCGGCUCGUACUAUUCCCAGUUCGGCGGCAGUGGCGGCGCGCCGCGGCCGCGGGGCGCGCACCCCAGCUCGGCGUUCAACAGCAUCCCUGGCGGCGGCGGUGGCGGCGGCGGCGGCUCGGGCGUGCCGUCGCGGCGGCCAUUGCACAUGCCGCCGCCAUCGCAGCAACUGCCGCCGUCGCAGCAGCAGCAGCAGCAGCAGCAGCAGCCGUACGGGCGGCAUCGCGGCAGCCGCUGCACGCCGAACGCGUCGUCGGGGUGGCGGCAGAGCACCGACGGCGGCGCCGGCGACGACAGCGGGCCGCUGACGGGGCCUCUAACUGGGCCACUGACGGCACGCAGUGAGGGUGGCGGCAGCGCCGCCGCUGCCGCCGGCGGUCCGGCCUUGGCGGCGGCGGCGGCGGCGGGCCAGCAACAGCAGCAGCAGCAGCAGCAACAGCAGCAGCUGGCGGCGUAUGGUCUGUUGGUGGCAGAUGACGAGAGUACGGAGGUACCGCCGCCGGGCCCGCCGCCGGCGGCGGUGGCGGCGGCGGCGGCGGCAGCCGGUCACGCCCCCGCCUCCGGACCAGGCGCCGCCCAUGCCGGCUUGUGGCAGCAGCACCAGCAGCAGGGGCCGGGAGCCGGCAGGGGCGUGGCGGCGGCUGGCGGCGGCGGCGGACCAGAGUCCUUGCGCGCGGCGCCCACCCAGCCGUCGCGGAGCGCCGCCGCAGCUGCCGGCGGCUACGGUGACAACCACCCGGCGCUACCCAGUGGCGACCGUCGUACGAGCGAGGCGUACGACAACUACGACGAGUACGGCAGCACUACCGUCGGCGACCGCAACAGCGCCGCCGGCGGCGCCGACGACAGUUUUGGCGGUUUCGUGGCGGUUGAGGUUUCGCUGCAGGAGCUUGCGUCGUACGACAUCGCGCCCUCCGCCGUGCCGCGCCGCAUGCGGCCGGCGGUUGAGGCGGCGCUGGCGGAGGCGCGCCGCGCGGCGGCGGUGGCGCAACAGCGACACGCCAACCUGCUGGGCGCGUCGGCGUACGGCGCUAACGGCGGCGGCGGCGGCGGGCAGCCCGCGGGUGUGCUCCGCACCAGCCGCGCCACCAGCCGCCGCUCGGCCGCUCACAUGAUGCCCGGCGGCUACGGUGGCAGCGGCCACGGCGGUGGAGGCCACCGCGGCGGCAGCGGCAGCGGCCACGGCACCGCUGACUUUGGGUUUGUGGGGGCUUCUGGUGACGGCCGGCUGUCCGGCGGCAACCCGCCCGUAGGCUCCGCCGCCUGGCUGCGAGCCUACCAGGCCGCCGGCGCGUCCGGCGGCGGCGGCGGCGGCAGCACCGGCGGCGGCGGCGGUGGCGGCGGCGGCGGCUCGUACCCAUACGCGUUGGCAACGCCCUCGCCGUCGGCAUCGCUGUCGCAUCAGCGGUGGCACCAGCAGCGGCCCGGGACGGCGCCGCCGCCACCCAGCGGCGGCGGGGCGCCGCAGCUGCCGCCGCCGCCGCCUGGCGGUGCCGCCAUGUCGCAGACGGAGAUGGUGCCGUUGCGCCCUGGCGGCGCUGGGCUGGCGGGCGCUGGCCCGGCUGUGUGUGACGGUGACGAAGGAGCCGCGGCAACGACGUUUGCCAGGCUUGUUGGCAGCCGUCAAGCCAGCGCCACAGGUCGCAUGUCCUUUGACCAGCUUGACCCGCGUCUGCAGCAGCAGGUGCAGCGGGGCCCCGGCAGCGCCCGCCAGCCCACGGGUCGGUGGUCGUUGGGCCAACCACCGAGGUCGUCCCUCGAAGACGGUGGUGGCGGCAGCGGCGCCGCCGCCACUGACGGCGCCUCGGCGGCGGGCGGCCCGCGGGCUGUCCAGGCGAGCGCUGGUGGCGGCGGCAGCGGCGGCGGCGGCGGCGGGGCUGGUGGUGGCAGUAGGAGCGGCGUGCUCAGCCGCUUGGUCGCCAGGGCCCAGAGCGUGGGCCGCGGCGGGGCAGGAGCGGCGGCGGCAACGUCUGGACCCAGCGGCGGCAGCGGCGGCGGCGAGGGCGGCGGUCCGCCGGGGCCGCCGCUGGCGCCACGACUGUCAGGGCGGCGGCUGAAUGUGCCGCCAGCUGUGCAGGAGGUGACGUCAUCCGACGGGAACAUCACAGCGGCGGUGGCGGCGAUGGCUGCUGGCGGCGGCAGCGGCGGCGGCGGCAGCGGCGGCGGCGACGCGCCGCCGCUACAGCCGGCCCUGCUGGCCUUGAUGCCCAGUGGCGAUAGCAGCUCUGUGCCGUUGCAGCCGCAGUCGUCCGGUCAGUGGCGGGAGGCCGUCACGGCCGCGACGGCGGCGGCGGCGGCGGCGGCGUCUGCAGGCGGCAGCAGUAGGCGACCGGGUGGGACCAGUCGCAGCCCCAGCCCCAGCCCAUCGCCGCGCCACACGCACAACGUGCUGCAACAGCAGCAGCAGCAGCAGCAGCACCAGUACUCGCCCCACCCAGGUGCCAACCAGCUUCCGCACGCCGCCCCACGGGCCUUCCCGCACCCGCACCCGCACCCGCACCAGCCGGGCUACCUGCCCUCGCAGUCCGCCUUCGCGGCGGCCGCCGCCGGCGCCUCCGCCGCCGCCGCCGCUACCGUCGGCGGCGGCGGCGGCGGCGGCUCCAACCCAGCCGCCUACAGCCCCACACCCCACUUCGCUGGCGUUAGCGCCACGUCAUCUCAGGGGCUGCAAAGCCACGCGCCCUCCGGCCGCUGGCGCGGCGGCGGCGGCGACUCAAUGGGCCGCGCGGCGUCGCACGGCACCACCGGCACCGGCAUGGCAACCGCCGGCCACAGCGGUUACAUGGGCGUAACCGGCGGCGGUUACGGCGGUUACGGCGGCACGGCGCCUGGCGGCGCUACGGAGCUUGACUCGACGCUGACGGCGGAGCACUCGGCGGCGUUCAACGCGCUGUGGGACAUUGCGGCCGAUGACGGCGUGCUUACGUCACCCAGCCUCGCCAUUUUUGGCGGCGGCGGCGGCGGUUACGUCGGCGGCGGUUACGGCGGCGGCGGCGGCGCGGGGUUUCAGGUUGUGGACGAGGAGGGUGGCUUUGGCGGCUUUGAGGAAGAGGAGAUGCUUCAGGGCGGCGGCGGCGGCGGCGGUGACAGGGCGGGCACGCCGACGGCGGCUGGCGGCUACGACGCUGACGGCGGCGGGGAGGAGGAGGGGCCACUGCGGGGCAGCGGCCGGGCGCGCGCGCCCGCAGCCAUGAGGACCCCCAGUGCCACGGCCGCGGGAGGCGGCGGCCGGCCGGGCGCGCGGCGCGGCAGCUGGCUGAUGCUGGAGUCGGCGCCCGGCUGCCUGCCCACACUGCCCGAGACGUGUAUCCGGCGGCGUGUGGGCGCCUUCCAGUGGCUGUGGGCGGGGGAGGUGGUGGUGGAGGACCUGGGCAUGUUCAGGUUCAAGGGCGUUGCCGGCAACCACGCCAUCGUGUGCGUGUCCACCGCCCGCACCUGGGAGCGCAAGCUGGGCAGCCGCGUCAAGAAGUCCAAGGGCGAGCGCGUGGAGCCCGGCCGCGGGCUGCUGUACCGCCUGAGGCUGGAGGCCGCACGGCCGUCGCAGCCCCAGCUCCCAGACAAACCAGACGGCGACGCCGCGGCGGCUGCAGGCGGCGGUGCCACCACAAGCAACGGCGACGGCGCCGCCGCCGCCGCGGCCGCCGCCGUCGCCACAUCAUCGCAGCAGCCGUCGCCUCCGCUGCUGCCGCCGGGGAGCAAGCAGCCCUCACCACAGCAACCGCCGCCAUCACAGAUGCCGCCAUCGCGGUCCGGGCUGCCACUGGCGCCGGCGCCAGCUGGCGCCGUGCUGCUCCCGGCGGCGGCCGCCGCCACCGCCGUCGCCGCCGUGGACGCGGCGGCGGCACUAGAUCCCGCCGCCGCCUACAUCUCUGACAGCCUGCCAGUGGUGCACUUCUGGGGCCCGGCGGGACAGACGUUGUCGGCGCCGUCACUGUCGACGGCGGCGCAGGCCACAAACGCCGCCGAGGGCAUGGGCAGUGGCGCCGGCGGCGGCACCGGUGGUGGCGCCGCGAGCAGUGGCGCCGGCGGCAAUGGCAUACGCGGUUGAGGGUCAGGGGCUGGCCGUGCGGAGGAGGCGGGCGCGCCGGUGGCGGGAGCAGGCCAGGGGGCUGGUGGCGACGGCGGCUCCAGGCCGGGGAGUGCCCGGGCAGGACUGCCGCCGUCGUUGCAGCUGCCCGUGUCCCCGCGCGGCGCGGCAGGCGCGGCCGGGGCCCGAGGCGCCUCGCCGCUAGGAGCGGGCCUGCUGCCACUGCCGCCGCAGCAGCAGCAGCGUCCGGAGCAGCAGCAGCAGCAGCAGCAGCGCCCGGGCCAGGAGCUGGAGCGGGAGAGUGGGCUGUAGCACCAGCAGCAGCAGCAGCAGCAGCAGCAGGUGAUGGGCGCGGCGCCCAGUGGCUAUCGGGGCCUGGGGCGACACGGCGGUGUGUUGCGGUGGCAGUUGCACAGCAACAACGCACAAGGGCCUGGUAUGGAAAUGGUGGUGGUGCGUGGUGGCCGAUGGCCACGUGGCAGCCGACGUGAGCGGCCGGGAACCGAACACAACCGUACAGACCGGAGAGAAGGAGCUGAAGCAUGUGGUCGAGUCUGAUUUUUUGUUUGCUUUAUGGUUAGCUCUUAUCAUAGCGUAGUACUAAUGCAUGGAGGGAUGCGUCAUUGGGGGCAUUGAAUGUGUGGAGAUUUGGUUUUGGGGGAAUAAGGGAGGUUGGGCGCAAGCCCAGCCUCAGUGCGUGUGGGGGGGGGGGGGGGCGAUCGUGUGUGCCUGGACAGUUCAAAGUGACCUGCCCAUCAGCGGGCGGCACCGGACAACGAUCAGGCUGGACGGCUAGCGUGUAUCAAGUCUGUGGGUGGGAUGUCGGUGUACGGCAUGCGAGGGCAGUCAACGCACGCAACCAAACAGACAAACGAAGGGGGGUUACCGGCCGCGCGCGCGUGUUCACGCUGCGAGCAUUCGAUGAGGCAUCUUUCGUUGACUUUGACUUUCGCGAAUUGUGAAUUUGUCACAUCUGCGGGCUAACCUGCGGGCUUGGACGUGGGCGCUUUCUUCGGCCCCUGCUCGUUGAAGUGCUGUGGGCUCAGUCCACGUUUCCUACAAGGGAACGUAGGCUUUGCUUCGUUCUUCAAGGCAUUUGGUCUACAUCAUCACCCCAAAUCGCACACUUUGCAUUUGCUCUGCACAUGUCGACGUCGUGUGCCCUAUCGAGCGAUGCAUUGGGAACCUUGGCUCUGUUAGGUGAAGGACAUGUGGCAGCACUGUCCCGCCUGCACGACGACUCCUCCCAUCCUUGGAUGAAUGCUUGUAUGCAGCUGCAUGAAAGGUGUAGGCUGGUGUAGGCGCCGGCGUUGCCGUACCGCUUGCCUGUCAAGGUGGUGCGGGGGCUGUGCAGAUUUGCAUCCACGGGUACGACAAGGCCCUGUUGACGCGGGUACCGCGUGCGCUUGCGUGUUGCUUUGGCAACGGGCUCAGGCACGCAGCGCCGGCCUCAGUAGAGCAUUCUGGCCUGUUCUGGCGUGCGGUGGGGUAGGUAUUUUGCGCCGUGCUUCUUGCUUGCAAUCGAUGCAGCUGGGCCGGAUAUGGCAGGAUGAGAGAUAGCGCCCGUUCGUCCGGCGCCCUCCGCUGCAGAUAGGGAGGCGAUCGGCAAACAGCCAAAAGCGGCACGACGCACGGAAGGGAAAGACGUGGGAUAGGCGCUGAUGAGCAAUGCCUAAGCAGCUGCUGGGGGGAGCGGGCCUGAGGUCUGCUGAAGGAGCUGAGGGUUUGCUUGGCCGAGAGCAGUGUGGGCCGUGCGCUUGCGCGCGACGGGUAGGUGUGGUGGCCUGGUGGGUCCUCCUCCUGGUACUACUGCUGCUGCUGCUCCCAGUGCGGCUAUUGGCAAGUGCCAGACAGGGCGUCACAGAGUUGCAUCGCGUGCUAUAAACGGUGUGUGCGCACAGGGGGCGCGGCACGUGGGCGAAGACGCCCCAAUGCGCAUGUUGUUUUAUGGGAUGUUGGGACCAGGGGAUGCGGGGGCCUUGUAACAGCUGAGUCUU